UGUAGGUCCUUUCCCCAUAUGCAUAAUCCCUCUAUAAACUCCCAUAAGUAUUCCGUGAUGUACUCUCUAAGCGCGCGGGAGACCGGUGAGACGGCAAGAGUUUUGUUGUCUUUGGAAUACUAGUCUCUGGUAUAUGUCUAUCUGUCUUUCUCUCGUCUCGUCUUGUCAACUUGUCAGUCACUCAAAAAGUUUGGUUUCUUUCGGUGCGACUGUUGAUAUUAGAGUUCGCCUUCAUUUAUUCGUUUUAAAUGUAUUCAUUUACAAAAUACUAACAUAAACAUGGCUCGCAGUUCAGUCAUAAUCGCUGUGAUAGCUAUUCUCUCACUUGGCAUCGCAGGUGUAGUUGCAGAAUGUAUGAUACCUUUAGUACUGAGAAAUACGUGGUUUUCCUUCGAAAAUGGGAAACAAACUAUAACCGAUAUUAACGCCAGCGAAAUGACUGGGAGGGGUGUUUGUGUUAACAUAAAAGCUGAGUACCGGGUGAACUACACAAUGGUGUUUUCUUACACAAAAUGCUAUUACUGUGUCAAGCUGAUCGUAAGGACUGUGAACGUACUGGAGAAGAUUGAGUCUCCUUGUGUGAACUUGGGUCCUGAUGAAGAACCUACUGUGGAAAGAGUAUGCAGGGGCCUUAACCCUGAUCAGCAGGGUCUGAUCACUUUGUUCUCUGAGAACUAUGUGCCUGUCAAUUGUCGCUCAUCUCUGGAAGGUGUCUGGCAGUUUGCUUAUCAGAAUCGUUUCCGGUUCACCGGUGAAUGUAACCACCCUGAUGCUCAGAUCAAGUCUUGUCAAACUGCUGGUACUCAGUUCUUGAUCACCAACCAGAAAUUUAACAUAACAUACAGGAAAUGUGCUGGAAUGUCCAAUACAUUUGAUGGUGUUGUGGAAUAUAGCUGUUUAGGCCAUUGGUUUGUAAACAAGAAUCACUUCUUUGCGGUCGCAAAUACGAAAGAAUCUCGUAAAGACGAAAGGUAUCGCUGUUUCCUUAAAAACAGAGAUGAUGAUCUUUAUAUUGGUGCCUCAAUUACACCUGAAUGUAACACUUUGAAGACUGUUGAGAAGUCUCCAGAGAGGUACCGAGUUACUGCGGUCAAGGCUGAAGUAGUAGAACCAGGUUGUCGAUUGCCACAGAACUUCUCAGGAGACUGGAUUAACACAGCCAAUAUAGAUGCAGAUGUAUUUAUCAAUGAGACACAUAUCAUAGAGACUUAUUAUCCUGAUGAGGGACGAUUUAGGAGAACUAUUUAUGUUUGCAGAGAGCAGCGUGACAGUCGAGUGAUGAUGGCUCGUCUUACAGUUGAUGGUUGCCAAAAGGAUUAUGUGUGCUUUGAUUUUGUACCACAACAUCAUAAUGUUAUUAGAUACCGAAAGGGUUUGGCUAUGAUUCAAAGCAACUUCCACACAGUGUGUUCAUGGGUGCAGUUCCAAAACAAACAAGAAUGGCGUUAUGAUAUAUUCUUGAAGAAGGACCCCACUCCAAUCCGAUGCCCUGUGGCUGGAAAAUUCAACUUUACCCAAAAAGGAGAUGUAAAAUUCGAAACAAGAAUAUUGGGAGGUGUUACCCUAAGUCCGAGACCAAACUUGUACUGCAAACUGAAUAUAAGUGACUUCUCAGUAUGUGAUAUAGACCAGAAAACUAUACAGAUCAAGGAAAACUAUUGUUUAUCUGUAGAUUAUUUGGGAAGACCUGUUGAUAUCUACAGUGAUCCUGAUUACAGGAUGAAAUGCAUAGGUUUCUGGAAAGAGAAUCUGAAGUCUUAUUUAAUUACUUAUGACGAGUUGGAUCCCUUCUCUAAGUAUAGAUGUUGGGUGUAUCAGCGGGCUGAUCUUAAUAGGGUACUUAUGUCACAAGCCUUAGGUCCAUACUGUGACUUGAAACAGGACGUGACGUCAUGGAAUUACACGGAAGGCGCAGCCGUCGCCGUCGAAAUGGAAGAAUACGAGAGAGAGCGAGACCAAUGCCCGAUGCAUUUUGAUGACGGUAGCGACCCCUGGUCUACGAAAGAAAACUACGUUAAAGUGUUCAGUUUCUCAUUUUGGGGCAACAAUUCUGCCCAAGCAAUGGCAGUCAAUACAGUUGUAGUAAUCCUGGCAGCUUUUGUGACGUUACUACAGUAAUUUAUAAGCUAAGACUGAUAUAGAUUACAAAGUUGCUUAGAUUGAUGUGUAAUCUUAAUUUUGUGUACAGUUUAUUGCUGUAG